AUGUCUACUGGAAACGUGAACCCUCUGCCUAACGGGUUACCACUCUCAGACCUCAAUUCUCUGGGCGCAUCGCCCUUCACAGCGACAAACGCUUUUGCGGGCGAGUUUCUAGGCCUUCCAAUGCCGGACGAGGAACAACUGUGGGGCCUUAGCCCCAUCUCACCAACCCUAGGCACCGGCGGAUGGGACGCCAAAGCCGAUGCAGCAGCCUUUGCCAACUCUGCACUGGAACGAGAUCUCAAAAAUGCCCAGGUCCGCAAUGGUCAACCUACCCCGCCGCCAUACGAAGAUCAGUACGCGCGCGAGUCCGCCGGUCUAGAUCUAGGUAGCGCAAGCAAGCGCCGCCGAGCACGGGAGUACCAGACCGCCACGGACAGCCUUAGUCCGGACCUAGAUCUAGACGACGCAUCGCCCUACCAAGAGCGAGCAAAGCGGGCCAAGUUUCUCGAGCGAAACAGAUUGGCUGCGAGUAAAUGUCGACAGAAGAAAAAGGAACACACGCAGGUUCUGGAGGUUCGCUAUAAGGAGCAAUCGGAGAAGCGUGAGCGAUUGGUCGGCGAAAUUGCACGGUUGCGCUCGGAGAUCUUGUGCUUGAAAAAUGAGGUUUUGAAACAUGCGCAGUGUGGCGAUGAGCCUAUUAAACUUCAUCUUGCGCAGAUGGUGAAAAAAAUCACCGAUAUUGAUGGUCCGGCGCCUGUUGCUUCUGCGGCUGUGAAGCACUCGCAUAUUGAUAUUAUGAAGACUACGCCUUCGCCUGUUGCUCCCACCCCACCACCUACUUCGAGUCGAUCUGCGGCUGUGUCUCAGGCCCCUGCUGCGCCGUCGGCGUUAUCAUUUGGAUUCGAUGACCCGCUGCAAUUGGAACCGGCUGCUGCGGCUGCGGCUGAAGUAUUCGAACAACAACUGCGGAGAGAUUCUGAGACUUCUUUGGUAGCUGAGUCGUCGUAUGCAUUUUCAGCCGACGACAACUUCGAUGAUUUGAUCAACGUUUAA